CCAAUCGGAUCAGAUUCCGAAUCCGGCGAAGUGGGCUAUUGUCGGAAAUUGUAAAUAAGUUUUUUUUUAAUCUUCAAUGGGUGGAUUGCCGAGGGAGAGAAUGGGGAAGAAAUUCGAGUCACUUGCGAGGUCAUGUGGUGUCGUCAUAAUUUCCCUUCUCUUUGGCGCCUCCAUCGUCCAUAAAAUCUUCAAGCCUGAUCUUGUAUCCACUCCUCUCCCUUCCUAAUUGCUUUUAGAGUUUGCCUCAAGUGGAAAAGCAAUCGACUUUUCUCUCCAGGUGCACUUGAACUGAAAAACCUUUCUAUCUAUGAUUACUUGUUUGUUAGAUUCUGUCUUCAAUUUUCCCCUACUCUGCUGACUCGUCUCUGUCCGGUUUCUGGUUUAGUAUAAAGGACCAGGAGGAUGGUUUUGCUGAUGAAAGUGGCCAGCUUCCUUUUAGACGCACACCACUUUGGAGCUUUGAAGCCAACGAAUGUGCGUUGUUUUUGCACGAGACAUUUGCUCCAGCAAGCUGCUGAUUCCUUUGACUAUGACAAAUUUUUGCAACGUUGCAUCCUGCGAGGAGCUAGAAAGCAUGGCCUUUUGGCUCACUCUCAUAUGGUAACAAAUGGGUUUGUCUCAAAUCCUCAUUUAAACACCAAAUUAAUCAUCUUCUAUGCAAAGAUUGGUGAUUCCAGAGCUGGUCGUAAAGUGUUUGAUAGAAUGACUGUAAGGAAUGUCGUGUGCUGGACAGCUCAGAUAUCAGGUUAUGGAAAAAAUGAGUGUCAUGAAGAUGCUCUGCUGUUGUUUUCAGAAAUGCAUAGAGUGGGGGUCAAGGCCAAUCAGUUUACUUAUGCUAGCGUGUUAAGGGCGUCUUCUCGUUUGCUAUGUUUCAAGAGAGGGUUGCAAAUACAUAGUUGUGUACAGAAGAGUAGGUUUGUCAGCAAUUUGUUUGUGCAAAGUGCAUUGAUUGAUUUGCAUUCUAAGUGUGGAAGGAUGGAAGAUGCUUGUUAUUUGUUCGAGACAAUGCUUGACAGAGAUUUGGUUUCUUGGAAUGCAAUGAUUGGUGGAUAUUCUGUUCAGGGUCUUGGUGAUGAUUCUUUUCGACUGUUUCGUGUCAUGAUGGCAGAAGGUUUGUUACCUGAUUGCUUCACUUUGGGGAGUCUUUUUAAGGUUUCUGGAAGAACUAGUGAUUUCCUCAAAGUCAGUCAGGUACAUGGAUUCGUUGAGAAACUAGGUUUUGAAGGACACCGUGAUUUGAUUGGAUCAAUUAUCGAUGCAUAUGCAAGAUGUGGGGGUCUAGAGAGUGCUAAUUGCUUGUACAAGACUAUGGAAGUGAAAGAUUUAACAUCUUGUACUGCGUUGAUGAAUGGAUUCGCUCGAAACAACUAUAGAACAGAGGCUAUGAAUCUAUUCAAAGAGAUGUGUAGGAUGCAGCAUAUGAAAAUGGAUGAUGUCAUGCUAUGCUCGGUGCUCAAUAUGUGUGCUAAUGCAGCAUCAUUAACAAUAGGUAGACAGCUUCAUGCCUUUGCUAUUAAAAAUAAACCCAGUUAUGAUGUGGCUGUAGGAAAUUCUCUCAUUGAUAUGUAUGCAAAGUCGGGAGAAAUUGAAGAUGCAGACCGCGCUUUUGGUGAGAUGAAGGAGAAAAAUGUCAUUUCAUGGACAUCGCUGAUUAGUGGGUAUGGAAAACAUGGAUAUGGAAGCAAGGCAAUUUCAUUGUGUAAGGAGAUGGAAGAUGAAGGUUUAGCGCCGAACGACAUUACUUUUUUGUCUGGUCUCUUUGCUUGCAGUCAUUCUGGAUUAAAUAAGGAAGCAUCAGAAUUCUUUAAUAGUAUGAUCAACAGACACAAUAUCCUACCGCGAGCUGAGCACUACUCUUGUAUGGUUGAUCUCUUUGCCCGUGUAGGGCAGUUGGAAGAAGCAUACAGUAUAAUUUGUAGGAACAAUAUUACACCGAAUGCCUCCUUGUGGGGUGCCAUUCUCGGGGGAUGCUUAUCAUAUGGUAACGUCGUCCUUGCUGAGACUGCAGCAAUGCAUCUCAUCAAUCUGAAUCCUGACAUUUCAGUCAAUUAUACAGUUUUGGGGAAUAUAUAUGCUACAGCUGGCCUAUGGCACAAGAAUUGCAAGAUCAGAAACUUGAUGACCCAUAGAAAGUUGAAGAAGACUCCAGGCUACAGCAGUGUAGAUUCUCCAAGGAGCAUUUACCUUACAUAACCAAGUUGAGGAGGGAAGCCUGGAUGCUGCUGUCAAAACCUGUUUGUUACUCUUAUGGAAAUAGUUCUUGUAUGUUGAACGGGCAACUUCCACGGAAACAAAGAGGAGAUUUCAGAAAUGUGUUCCGGAAAGUGGGAAUGCCAUAUUUUUGUGGUGGUUAAUAUCUUGCUUGAUUUCCCAAGUUAGUUCUUAUGUUAUUCAAAGAACUAUAGGUUUCUCGAGCUGAGUCAGUGGCAGGCUGAGGCAUCAGGGGUUAGUUGUUGGCAUCAGGUGGAGGAGCUCCUUGGGCUCCAGGGUGACGUUAGGGCACCUAAGCCACAUGUGGAGGAUGCAUGGUGCCUAUGUAUGGAGUGAUGCUUGAUGUGCUUUUGUGGUCGGGUGGGUGAGAUGUUCUAGAAAGCGUCUCAUUAAGGAGCUCUCACAUGACCUCAAUCAACUAUAUAGCCAAAGCUGCAAUGGCCCCCGAGGAUGCGAUCGGCACCAGGACCAAAAAAUUUGGCCAAGCACCCUGUGGUUGUUUGGCCAUCAGGUCUGGUCUUCAGGUACACAUGGGUUACUGAGAAUUAUAUGCAGUAUGUUAAGUAGAAGCUCUUCAACCGGAUUUCAGCUCUGCUUUAGAGGUUCUCGCCACUCAGGUAAUCUAAUUUCUAGGAGCAAUCAUUUACUUUUCAGUAAGAUGUUUGAAUGAAGCUUAUUUGCUUUUGAUAUGUCCACUUGUAUUGAGCUGAUUGAUGUUAAAUGUAAUGGCCCUCAAAGAUGCUAUGCUAGAAGGGUGUUCACAAUAGGUGAAAUAAUGACAUUUGCCUGCAUCUCUAGACGUGAGUAAAGAUGAAGGAGUUGACAUAUUCUAAAGUCUAAACCAGAAGUAAAUUGAUCAUGGCCGCCGCUAGAGCGAAUUGGCUUGCUGCCGCUGCCAUACUCUCCCUUCUGUUCCUUUCCAACGCUGACACGAUGAUCAAUGUUGAAGCGGCAGGACGUCGAGGUGGUGGCAGAGGCGGCAGUGCCUGCGGGAAGACACCAAUAGGGGCUGCAGCGGCGAGCCUGAGCCCGUGCUUGAGCGCUGCUCGGAACGCCAGAGCAGCUGUGCCGCCGGCGUGCUGCUCCAAAGUCGGCGGGCUGAUCAAGGCGGCUCCCAAGUGCCUUUGCGCCGUGCUGCUGUCCCCCUUGGCCAAGCAGGCUGGAAUCAAUCCUGGGGUCGCCAUCACCAUCCCCAAACGCUGCAACAUUCGCAACCGCCCGGCUGGGAAGAAGUGUGGAGGAUUCACCCUCCCAUGAGCUUAGCACAGCUGGGUUCCGGGGGCUGCCUUGCGUGGGAAGUAAUCUCAGUUCCAUUAUUUCAGAACUGCCGGCAGGCAUUGCUAGUUGCUUGCUGUAGAAGGAAAAAGAGUGUCAAAUAAAGGGUUGCCCUUGUAUUAUGAGCCAAUGUUUAGUAUUUAUUUCCCUAUUUUCUGAGUUAUCUUAUCCACCAUCUGCCUGUUAAACCAAUCUUUGGUCUCUGUAUCUCCUCAGUUAUGUCAGCUAAUAAUGAUGAUCUUCGCUAAUCUCUGACAACAUUACAGAAAAAUCUUCCAUUUAUAUCAUCACAGGCGCCACUAUACAACCAUUUCUGUACAGUGUACACUAUAAGAUGCUAGCUACUGAGCUACAACAGGGAUUCUGAAGUGAAAAGGAUACUAAAUCAAAAGGGUAUACUCUACUCAAGUAGCUUGAAAGCUCUCCUUCAACCAUUUUGACUGCAACUCGAGCCCAGCGUCUCUCAAUGCAUUCAAAGCCGUUGCAUAAAGCCUCGCAUCCAAUCCCGUCCCAACUGACUCCAUGUCUCUCAACAGCUUCAUCAUCUCCUCUAUCGAACUCAUCUUUGAGAAUACCCCCACCAUUAUCCCUCCCAUCUUCCUAUCCACACCAUCGCCAUUCAUCACCUUCCUGUACUCUUCGAAAAACUCAACACACUUGUCGAAGUCCUUUGCCUUGUUGUAUGCGCUCACGAGGCUAGUAUAACUGACCUUGUCGGGACCUACUCCCCUCCUCUUGAUCUCGCUCCAUAUCUUCUCCACCUGCUUCACAUUCAUCGCCCUACCGUGCAUCUCAAGCAAGCAAUUGUACACCCAUAUGUUGGGCUUGCACUUCCUCUCCUUCAUUUCCCCCAACAGCCGCAUUGCAUCCGUAACUCUACCCAUCUUCCCGUACAUCGCGAUCACGGUGGAGUACGCCACAAGGCACCUGUCGAAACCCUUCUCGCGCAUCUCUGCAAACACCUUCUCUGCUGUGCGAUAGUUUGCCACACGGUAGUAUGCAUUGAUCGCUGAUGCAUAGGUCACCUGUCCUGGCUCAUGCCCUUUGGUUAUCAUCUCCUCGUACACUUUGAUUGCAGCAGAAAAGCCUCUCCUUUUGGCGAAACCGUUCAGUACCGUACAGAACACACAAUCGGUAACCUUGACGUUUGCAUCGUGGCUCAUGGCACUGACAACAUCGAGAGUCUUUUCCACCUGACCUCGCUCGAUAUACAUCGAGAUGAGCUUCGAGAAUGCCUCUGGGUCUUGCAAUGCGUUCUUCUCUAUCGCUUCGUGAAAUAGCUCUUCCGCUUCUCGAGCUUGAUUGGAGUCAGCAAAUGACCAGAUUAACGAUGAGUAGAUUUUGGGAUCCUCGACAAGCAAACCAUCUUCCUUGUUAUUCCUUCUCAAGUAACCGAGAGCUUCAGAAGCUCUACCUGAUUUGGCUAGUGAUUCAGUCAAUACUCUGUACAUUUUGGUCACAACUUCUAGUUUUGGGUCAAGCUCUUCAGAUUCAAACUCGUCAAACAGGGCAACUACGUUUUCUGCAUUGCCCAAUUUCUGGUGUGCCUUCAUUGCCUGGUAAUAGCAGCCAGAACUCAAACCGAUUUCAGAAGAUUUCAUUUUACCAUGCAAUCGAAUCACACUGCCGUACAUAUGCAACUUGUUGUAACCUUUCAUAGCGGAAUUGAAAGCUAAAACAGAGACUUUAGGGUGGGAUUGGAAAAUCACGAGGAAUCGGUCAGAAAUUCUGAAUUUCCUAGCUCGGAUGCAAUUCUCGACCAAUGUAGAGCAAGUGUAAGCGUCGGGGAGAGUAUCGUACCUCCUGAAAUCGUCUGAAAGCAACAGAAGCAAACGAUCCCAGUUCUUGGUUCGAACCAGAUACUUCACCAGAAGCUUUACGACGGACUUCUCUGGCUUGAACUGUGGGUUUUCCUUGGCUUUCCUGUAGUGGUCACAAGCCAAGGCUUCGGUUCUGGGAUCGUGAAGCAACCCACGAAGGAAUGCGUUGAGAUUCUCUGCAUCUGAAGCCGGGUAGGGCUGCUGCUGGAGGUUGUAGUCUCUUUGAAGCCGGAAGUGGUUGCCACGGAAAUUUGGGGGUGCUUCUUCUUUCUCUUCUGCUGCCAGAACUGGAGCAGAUGGGAAGCAGGAAGAUUUGAUAUGGAAGUUGGAGUUUGGGCGGAAAGAGAAGCUGUUGCGCUUGGUGCAUGGUGGGAAGCUUUUGGGUUUGGUGGAGCACGUGAUGUGCGAAGGUGAAGAUGAAGAAGAAGCUACCAGUGACCAGUCAGGAGAACAGGGGAUCGCCAUUGAAAAGGGGACUCAAGGUUGAUGGGGAGAGAUGAUUUGAGAAGAACCAGAAGAAAGAGCGAAGAAUAAAGAGGAAUGGAAUGGCGGGGAAAUUGGGUGGGCGUGGGGAAUUCUGAAUCAUGAGUUGUUGUUAGCUUUGAUUCUUAGUUUCUGGGUUUGAAGUUUUCUGGACAGUGACAGAGUCAAUAGGGAGGGAGUGGGGUUGGGGAUUAAGUGGUGGAGAAAGCUUGGAGGGAGCAGAAAUCCUUGAUGGAAAUGGAUUUUGGGGCAGGCUAGUGGAUUCUGUGAACCACUCAGACAGUGGCACGUGGAUAGUUGGGAGACAUAGGGAGACAUUCUGCCAUCAAUUGUGCCACGUCUGCCAAUUCCAAAUAUAUAUAGUCAAAAUUGACAAACCAUUUUAACCAUGCACUCAAAAUAG